CACACCUGGAUACGAAAGCCACAGCUAACGGAGCUAGUAGAUGUGAGGGCUCACAGAUAUCCUUCCUGCGAACACAGAUACAUCAAGUGAGAACACAAGGAUAUCUUACCUGAAGACAGAGAUACUCACCUUUAAGCAAAGAUACUCAACUGAGAGUAUAGACACUCACCUGUGAUAUCCUUGGACUGACCAUAGAUUCCUGUCCAGGGCUGUGUGACGUUUUGAAAGAUCACAAUGACUAUAAUGCCCUCUCGCUGCCGGACGGCACUGCACAUCGUGGGCACCACGCUCUUCGCCGCGGUCGUCCUGUUCGGGAUCCUCCUGGCCUACGUGACAGGCUACCAGUUCAUCCACACCGAGCAGCACCACCUGUCCUUCGGGCUGUACGGCGCCAUUUUGGCUCUGCACCUGUUCCUGCAGAGCCUCUUCGCCUUCCUGGAGCACCGGCACAUGCGGAGGCCCGCCCGGCCCCAGCUGCUGCACCGGUCUGUGGCGCUCUGCAUCGCCGCCUACCAGGAGGACCCGGACUACCUGCGCAAGUGCCUGAGGAGCGUCCGCCGCCUCUCCUUCCCCGGCGUCAAGGUGGUGCUGGUGGUGGACGGCAACCGGCCGGAGGACGCCUACAUGAUGGACAUCUUCCGGGAGGUGAUGGGCGCGGAGCAGGCGGGCAGCGUGGUGUGGAGCGGGAACUACCACUCGGAGGGGUCCCGGGCGGAGGACGCGGCCCAGGUGACGCGCGUGGUGCGCGGCUGCAAGUACUCCUGCAUCAUGCAGCAGUGGGGCGGCAAGAGGGAGGUGAUGUACACCGCCUUCAGGGCCCUGGGAGACACGGUGGAUUAUAUGCAGGUGUGUGACUCAGACACAGUCCUGGACCCUGCCUGCACCAUAGAGAUGCUGAAGAUUCUGGAAGAGGAUCCCGAGGUGGGAGGAGUCGGAGGAGACGUACAGAUCCUGAACAAGUACGACUCGUGGAUCUCGUUCCUCAGCAGCGUGCGGUACUGGAUGGCGUUCAACGUGGAGCGGGCGUGCCAGUCGUACUUCGGCUGCGUGCAGUGCAUCAGCGGCCCGCUGGGCAUGUACCGCAACAGCCUGCUACAGCGCUUCCUGGAGCCCUGGUACCAGCAGACCUUCCUGGGCACCAAGUGCAGCUUCGGCGACGACCGGCACCUGACCAACCGCGUGCUCAGCCUGGGCCACAAGACCAAGUUCACGGCGCGGGCCAAGUGCCUGACGGAGACGCCCACGGGAUACCUGCGCUGGCUCAACCAGCAGACGCGCUGGAGCAAGUCGUACUUCCGCGAAUGGCUCUACAACGCCCUGUGGUUCCACAAGCACAGCCUGUGGAUGACCUACGAGUCGGUGGUGACCGGCUUCUUCCCCUUCUUCCUGGUGGCAACGGUGAUCCAGCUCUUCUACCGCGGGCGUCUGUGGAACAUCCUGCUCUUCCUGCUGACGGUGCAGCUGGUGGGGGUGGUGAAGGCGGCCUACGCGUGCUUCCUCCGGGGCAGCGUGGUGAUGAUCUUCAUGUCGCUGUACUCGCUGCUCUACAUGACCAGCCUGCUACCCGCCAAGAUCUUUGCCCUGCUUACCAUCAACCAGACCGGCUGGGGCACCUCGGGCCGCAAGAAGAUCGUGGUCAACUUCAUGGGGGCGGUGCCCGUGACCGUGUGGGCGGGCGUGCUGCUGGGCGGCGUGGCCUACACCAUCUACUGCGAGACGCAGGCGGAGAUGGAGAGGACCGAGCGGGUGCUGCUGGUGGCGGGAGCGGUGCUCUACGCCUGCUACUGGGCCGCUCUGCUGGCGCUCUACCUCGCCAUCGUGGCGAAACGCUGCAACAAGCGGGAGGAGCAGUACAGCCUGGCUUACACCGAGGCCUAGGGCACGCCCACCGUCUCCACCCC